AUCUCCUCUCAAAAAACCCUAAUCAUCUCUCUCUCAUUUCCUCACCGCCGCUGAUCAACGGUGGUCACUUCCUCAUCCACUUAAAACCGAUCUCCUACACAAACCUAAAACACCAUGGCUCCCACCGCUACCGCAACCGCAACCGCCACUACCUCCUCAGACGCCGGUGAAGGACCAGUGAUGGCCCUAAUCAACAAACGCCUCCGCGCCCUCCGCAAGAAACUCAACCGAAUCACUCAAAUGGAAGAAUCCCUCUCCCAAGGCAAAACCCUAAACAAGGAGCAGCAGGAAGUCCUCCGCUCAAAGCCUUCCGUCCUCACCAUCAUCGAAGAGCUCGACAAGCUCCGCACUCCUCUCUCCGCCGCCGUCGCAGAAGAAAUCACCCUCGCCGCUACUACCACCACCACUCACCACCACCAACCUCAAGUGAACGCUCCCGCGGAGGAGGAAGUUAGCGGCGUUCAGUUGGAGGAUUUGGCGAAUCUGCUGUACUUUGGGGCGCUCUUUGAUGUGAAGUCGCAGAACGAGUUGGCGGCGAUUAUGGUGACGAGGACGCACGAGAGGGGUUGCUGUUUGGUUUACGAUACGGUUACGGAUGAGUCAACGGAUCUGUUGUGUGAUAAGGAUCUCGAUUUGAUCUCGGAGCUUUGGACUAUGAUGGUCUCUAGGCCUGCGGAUUCGUUCUUGUCUCAUAAGAACGCUUUGGAGCGUUGUGUGGAGCAUGCUAAGCUUUGGUUGGCUAAUUCGGAUCAGCCGAUUUCUUCCAACUGCAAUGUUUCAUAUGCUGGAUUGAGAGAGAAGUUGAAGAAGAUUAUGGGUUCUAAUUACUUCACUAUUACGCCUGAGAUGGUUGUGGCACCGGUUGAAGCAGUAGCUGUGGAAGCUGCUGGUGACUACGCUUCUUUCCAAGUCGCUGCUGACAAUGAGCAAAAGGAAGAAGACGCAUCAAACAGUAAAGAACAAGAAGCUGCUGUUAAUGAUCAACCUGAGCAACCAAAGGAUGAGCUAGUGACGGAAGGAGAGGUGGUCCAAGGACAGCAGGAACAAGGUUAUACGCAGGUGGAAGGAGGGAGGUCAAGGAGAGAUUAUCAACAACAACAACAGUAUGUGCCUCGUGGAACCCACCAGAACCAGAGAGGUCAUCGAGGUGCUAGAAGAGGUCAUUCCAAUGCCCCCCGGGGAGGUAGAGGUGGUGGUAAUGGUGGCUACUCGAAUGGGGGGAGGUAUGAAUCUUAUGAAAAUUCAGGUGGAAACGGGUACCAAAGGAGCCACUACAACAACAGAGGAAGGGGACGUGGUGGUGGUGGUGGUGGAGGAAAUGGCCAUUCUUACAACAACAACCAAGACUCAAAUGUCACUGUUGCGUCUUAGCUUUGCUACCUUUUUAGCUUUUGGGUGCGUCUCUUUGUCUUCCGCUAUGACUCUCAUAUAAAAGCCUUAUCUCGGGUUUGGACCUUUUGUCACCUGCGCUUUUGUUAUGUAUGAACUUUUGUUUUUUCUUUUAUGGCCGUCAGUUAAUAUGGAUCUUCUGUUCUCUCCAUGAGAGCCAUUUCUGAUUGUCAAAAUUAUUUACGUAUUCAGCAAAUUUGACUAGCUAAGUCGUGAGCCCGUCUACAGUAGUGAAAUAGUGAUUUUUUUGUAACUGGUUGUUUAAAUCAAGG